UUAGCGGAAUUAAUGGUCCUGGAGAAGUUGAAUAAAAUCCAGUUAAGAUACCCAUUUAGAGUCCAUAAAUCUUGUCCUCGUCCACCGUCCACGUGGAGCAAUCAAAUCAAAGAAACCCCAAGGCUUUCGACUUUUAGCCUUCCUACCAAACUGCGAUUCGCCCACGUGUCCCUUUUCUGGAACUUCCACAAUCCCUACUUACACGAUCCUCUAGGCACCGAUGAGACCCCCCAUUACGUGGCCCCCUCCUUUAGCCCCCUAGUACUUAAGGACACUCCCUUGUUUCUGAUUGGUCCUUCCGUGGGGCCCAAUCACGCAACCUUCACGUGGGACCCCGUUAUGCAUCCUCUUCAUGUGGGGCCCAUCUGUACCAGCGCCACGUCUCCUCUUCCAACCAAUCACCUCUUCUUCUGUUCGUACCAUUCCCCUCACACGUGUUGGAGCAGUUCUCACACGCGUCGGACUCUCCUGCUCUUUGCCUUUAUAUAUCCAAUCCUCCUUCUCCUUCCUUUAUCAGCUCUCACCCUUGUGAAGGGUUUCAACUUUCAACUUUCGUUUUUUUUUUUUACCACCCAAAAAAAAAAGAAUUUUUGUGAGUAAAUGGAUGGAAGAGGAGGGUGUUGCAUAGCUAGAUAUGCUGGAAAUACGUACGAUAUGUCGAAGAUGGACCGUAUAAUGCUGAGAUAUCGGCCGAUCGCGCCGAAGCCGGCUACAAACAGCUCGUGUUCGGGGAGCUCUACGGCGGAGAACAGUGGAGCUUACGUGAAAACCGGCCGAGCAAAAAGAAGGUACGUAAGAAAUAGUGGUAAGAAGAAGAUUGCUAGUUGUAGUAAUGGUGGGGUGACAAAGAAGUGUAGGUGCGCAAGGAAGAGAAAAUCCCCUUCUCCCGAAGAAAACGAGUCGAUGAAUGGCGGUAGAAGCACCGUCUCCACGGGAUCGGUAUCCGGUGGAGACGGUGUUGGGGUUGGAGUUGUCACUCUACCUUUGUUGCCGGAGACUCCUGAGACGAAUCAACGGUCUUCCUCUUCGUCCCAGGAGCGUCCGGCAAGAGGGGCUUCUUCUCGCGGCGUUGAGAAAGCAAAAGUCCCUAUGUGGUUGAAUUUUGAGGGUGGAGGGUCGUCCCAGCGGGAUGGGAAGGCGGGUGGGAUGGUGGGCCAGCCGGUCAGGGUGGUAGGGACGUGGGUGAGGGUGGAAUGCGUAACUGAAACAUGGGCUGGGGUUGGGUUGGAUGAUGUGUACGGUGGUGGACUGGGGUGUACGGACCAGGAGAAGGUGAUGAAUCUAGAUCGGGACACGUGUCCGGGGUUUGUAACGGAGGGCUUGAGUAGGGUAGUUUGGGUUAACAGGGCGUACCGGGCGAUGGUCGUGGGCCAGGAGGAGGCGGAGUCUUCGGAGGAGGAGGUGGUGGUCUGGCUGGUAAUGAAGGAAGGAUUUGAGCUGCCACCAAAGAACUGGCCGGCGUUCACGUGCAGGGUGAGGGUGGUCACGUGCGGAAAGGGGAAUAGUUCCCUGACUCUUCCCUGUGAUGUGUGGAGGCUGGGUGGUGGCCAUGGCUUUGCAUGGAGAUUGGAUACUAAGGCUGCUCUUUCACUCGGUCGCUGAAAAUCGGGCCCCCAAAAAAAAAAAAAAAGAGAAAAACUAAUGAAGAUGCAGUAAUAUUUUGAGUUUUUAAUGCAGAAAAAGAGAGACGAGGACAUGCAAGGAUCGAUACAAACAGUUGAAAUUGUUAAUAGUUUUUUGUUCCUUGUGUUUGUUUUAGUGAACUAUUUUUGGUUUUUUGUGGAACAACAUCGAAGCUGGUUGUAUCAACUGUUUGGUGCGACAAAGAAGUCCAAGAAGAUCUUCUUGGCUUGACUCUGUGUGUUUAAUGGGAUCUGCUACCAAGAACUGAUUUUGAACA